AUGACUACAUUUACCCCUACCUCGUUAUCAGAUUCUUGUUUCAAAUCUAUGGCUCUUCCUUCCCCAAUGGACAACAAUGAUCUUAUUCAACAAGUUUAUCAACCAAUCCCUCCAAGUUUAAUGACUCCAUUGGAUGAUUGGUGUCAUUCUGAUAUGUUUGAGUCAUUAGUUGAACCUUCUGUUGAUACUACUUCUUUGGUACAAGAUGCUUUCUUAACUUCACCUUGUUCUUCCAAGGAUUACUUGUGGAUGCCUUCUUCUCCUCCUCAAGAUUUGUUUAGUGCUCUUUCUACUACUACUACUGUCUCAAACAAGAUGAAUGCUCCAUUAGAUGAUUUGAUUGAUACUCUCGUUGUGCCUAAUACUUCUCUUGAUUUAUUAUCAUCUCCUGAUCAAUCAUCAUCCUCUGUUGACAAGACAUCCAACUCCUCUUCUCCUUCUGUUGGUUAUUCUCCAUCUUCAACAACCAGUCCUCCUUUAGAAAUGAUCAUGACUUUGGAUUCUCCUUUGACAACUGAUAUCAAGAAAAACAAGAAGAAGAAUAAGAAGGAUGGAUCAACAGGAAAGGUACUUCCUCCACCAGCGGCUCAAGCAGUGGCAAGUCAUAUCACUAGUGCUUCUACUCCUACUUUUGCUUUGAAACAAACACCCAAGAAGCGAUCAUCCAAUAAUACAAGUGAUUUAUCUGGUCAACAAGAACAACCUAUCUCUUCAGAAUUGGCAUUGAAACGACAAAAGAAUACGGAUGCGGCAAGACGAUCUCGAUUACGGAAAUUACAAAAGAUGGAAACCAUGGCUUCACGUGUCUCUGAAUUAGAAGCGGUACAUCAACAACUUUUGAUCCGUUUAUCGGCUUUGGAAUCUAAUAACAGUCAUCUUUUGCAAAAGGAAGUGGGUUAUUUAACUCGGAUUCAACAAUUGGAGGCUGAUUUGACUCUGGCUCAAGAACAACUCAAGCAUUCCUAG